CGCCGCAGCUCCCUCAGACCCCGGCGUUACCCGAACUAAUGGCGGCUUCCUACUCCCUAACGACCGCGCCGCAGCCUGUUGCCUCUCCACUGGGCGCGGAAAAUGCCAGGAGCUAGAUGUGGGCUCACCUGAAAACCAAGCGCUUCAGCCUCUGAGUAAAUUUGUGGAGAGAUUGUUCUGCGUUCUGACAAUGUUGAACUUUACCUGAGCCCAGAGAUCCUGGAAAGCCAGCGACGCUUCAAGACAUUCCCCCACCCUUUUGUGUUCCUGAAAGGGCCUACUACCUGGAGUCACCCUUCCCCAUAGGAUUUAGACACGACAUACGGAUGCUCCCUUGUUUAUAACAAGUUUUUAGUGCCUGCCAGGACUCAGUGUGAGUUUGGGCUUCACCUACAGACCCCUGCCAUACCUACCAAGGAGAAAGCAACUUGUGAGUCUUUUGAAACUCGUCUCCUGUUCAUUGAUUCAGGGAUGCCAUGCUAUGCAAAGUGCGACUCAACUUCAGUGCCUCGCCUUGGGUAUUCGACUCAGCUCACCGCGCCCUCAACAGCCUUCCCAGUCCCCGCCGCGCCUUUGCCGGCGGGCUCGCUACUUCCAGGCCAACUGGGGUGAUGCUGGGGGUGUCUGCGGUAUUCCAGCCCGGCUGGGAGUCAGGGCCCCAGAACCAAGUCCCACGCCCGAACUCGUCCAGUUCCGGGUCUGGUUUUUCCCAUCUCUCCAGCCUAACCGGUUGGGCAACCGAGAAACCAUAGAGCUGACACAGCCCAGAGCGUCACUCCCCUGGCCGCCAAGCGCUGACGCCGCGCCCGGGGCGGGGCCACUGGAGGCCGUGGGGGAGGAGGGAGAAGCCGGGAAGGGGAGGGCUUGUCGGCCCUGCAGCGCCCCGCCGCGGCCGCGGCUGGAAGCGGUCUCGUCGGCCCUGCGGCGCUGGAACCCUGACGCACGGAGCGAGAGCGAGAACGAGAGAGAAAGGGGUAGAAAUGGCGGCUCCGCUCGGCUCCCGCUGAGGAGGGCGAAGCCGGCGGAGGGUCUGUGCUGUCAGCUUGCAGUAUUGCUCCCGCCUCUCGCUGCCUGCCUUCUCGCGCCGACUUCCCUUCCUCUGCCCUGCUCUCCGCUGUCCCUGUCUGCGCUCCGCGGAGUCUGAGCCGGCUCGUCUCUCUCCGCCGGGCUCGGCUCCCCUGGCCCUGACUGCCCGGCCGGCGGGCCGGCCUUACUCGGCUCUCCCGGGAGCGGCGGGCGCGGCGUGGCCCCCGUCCUCCUGGCUGGACCAUGGUGAACACCCGGAAGAGCUCUCUGCGCCUUCUCGGGUCCAAGUCUCCUGGGCCCGGGCCUGGGCCUGGGGCCGGAGCUGAGCCUGGGGCGACUGGAGGCAGCAGCCAUUUCAUCUCCUCUCGGACCCGCUCCUCCAAGACCCGCGCUGCCAGCUGCCCCGCCGCCAAGGCCGGGGGAAGCGGUGGCACCGGCGUCGCUCUGGAUGAGGCCCGGAAAGCUGAAGUUGAUGGUAGUUUAAGUGAUAGCCACGUAUCUCCUCCAGCCAAACGCACUUUGAAACAACCUGAUUCUGUUUGCAAAGACAAAUCAAAAUCACGAAGUACUGGUCAGCGAGAGGAAUGGAACAUAUCAGCUGGACAGGCCAGGUUAACUUCUCAGCCUGGUGCUACAUUACCAAACGGACAUAGUAGCUUAUCCCUUCGAAAUCAUCCCCUUCGAGGGGAAAAGAAGGGAGAUGGGGACCUUUCUUGUAUGAAUGGUGACAUGGAAGUCAGAAAAAGUUGUCGAUCCAGGAAAAACAGAUUUGAAAGUGUGAACCAGAGUUUGUUAUUUGAUCAACUAGUAAAUAGUACUGCUGAAGCUGUAUUACAGGAAAUGGACAACAUUAACAUCCGGCGGAAUCGUCGAUCAGGAGAAGUAGAACGACUUCGAAUGUGGACAGAUACAGAAUUUGAAAACAUGGAUAUGUAUUCAAGAGUGAAAAGACGAAGAAAGUCACUGAGAAGAAAUAGUUAUGGGAUACAAAAUCAUCAUGAAGUUUCUACUGAGGGUGAAGAAGAAGGUUUGUUACCAGCUCAUCAAAAAAAGAGGGAAAACACAUUGUUUGAUAUUCAUAGAUCUCCAGCAAGAAGAAGCCAUAUUAGGAGAAAGAAGCAUGCUAUUCACAGUAGUGACACAACUUCUUCUGAUGAAGAACGCUUUGAAAGAAGGAAAUCAAAGAGCAUGGCAAGAGCAAGAAAUAGAUGUUUGCCUAUGAACUUAAGAGCAGAAGACUUAGCUAGUGGUAUUCUCCGAGAACGGGUGAAAGUGGGUGCAAGCUUGGCCGAUGUUGAUCCGAUGAACAUUGAUAAAUCAGUGCGGUUUGAUAGCAUAGGUGGAUUGAGUCAUCAUAUUCAUGCACUAAAGGAAAUGGUAGUAUUCCCACUUUUAUACCCAGAAAUUUUUGAAAAAUUUAAAAUUCAGCCUCCAAGGGGCUGUUUGUUUUAUGGCCCUCCUGGCACUGGUAAAACCUUGGUUGCCAGAGCAUUAGCUAAUGAAUGCAGUCAAGGAGACAAAAAAGUGGCUUUUUUUAUGCGAAAAGGAGCAGAUUGUUUGAGCAAAUGGGUUGGUGAAUCUGAAAGGCAACUGAGGCUUCUUUUUGACCAGGCAUAUUUGAUGAGACCUUCUAUAAUAUUUUUUGAUGAAAUAGAUGGAUUAGCUCCAGUUCGCUCUAGCAGACAAGAUCAGAUCCAUAGUUCUAUAGUAUCAACCCUUCUUGCUCUUAUGGAUGGAUUAGAUAAUAGGGGUGAAAUAGUUGUUAUUGGUGCUACAAAUAGACUUGAUUCUAUAGAUCCUGCACUCAGGAGACCUGGUCGUUUUGACAGAGAAUUCCUUUUCAACCUGCCUGAUCAAAAGGCAAGAAAACACAUCUUACAGAUCCAUACCAGGGACUGGAAUCCAAAAUUGUCAGAUGCUUUUUUAGGUGAAUUGGCUGAAAAAUGUGUUGGCUACUGUGGAGCUGACAUCAAGGCCCUGUGCACUGAAGCUGCCCUGAUUGCCCUGCGGAGGCGUUAUCCCCAGAUCUAUGCGAGUAGUCACAAAUUGCAGCUGGAUGUUUCCUCAAUAGUGCUCAGUGCCCAGGAUUUUUACCAUGCAAUGCAGAAUAUUGUCCCUGCUUCCCAACGUGCUGUGAUGUCUUCAGGACAUGCACUAUCCCCCAUCAUAAGGCCACUGCUGGAAAGAAGCUUCAACAACAUCCUAGCCGUCUUGCAAAAAGUGUUUCCUCAUGCUGAAAUUAGUCAGAGUGACAAGAAAGAAGACAUAGAAACUCUAAUUUUAGAUGAUAGUGAAGAUGAAAAUGCUUUAUCAAUUUUUGAAACCAGUUGUCACUCAGGAUCACCAAAGAAACAGUCAUCAGCUGCUGCUAUACAUAAACCUUACCUUCAUUUUACAAUGUCACCAUAUCAUCAGCCAACCUCAUACAGGCCUCGAUUAUUGCUGUCUGGAGAACGAGGCUCAGGUCAGACUUCUCACCUUGCUCCAGCAGUUUUGCACACUCUUGAGAGAUUCUCUGUGCAUAGACUAGAUCUCCCAGCACUUUAUUCAGUUAGUGCCAAAACACCUGAAGAAUCAUGUGCACAGAUUUUUCGUGAAGCUCGAAGAACAGUACCUAGUAUUGUUUACAUGCCUCACAUUGGUGAUUGGUGGGAAGCUGUCAGUGAAACUGUGAGAGCAACUUUUCUGACAUUGCUACAAGAUAUACCAUCGUUUUCACCUAUUUUUUUAUUGUCUACCUCUGAAACCAUGUACAGUGAACUGCCUGAAGAGGUUAAAUGUAUCUUUAGAAUACAGUAUGAAGAGGUCUUGUAUAUUCAAAGGCCUAUUGAAGAAGACAGAAGAAGAUUUUUCCAAGAAUUGAUUCUCAAUCAGGCAUCAAUGGCUCCACCACGAAGGAAACACACUGCUCUUUGUGCUAUGGAAGUGCUUCCUCUUGCACUACCUUCUCCACCUCGUCAGUUAUCAGAAUCAGAAAAAAAUCGGAUGGAGGACCAGGAGGAAAAUACUUUAAGAGAGUUGCGGUUGUUUCUCAGGGAUGUAACCAAGAGGCUGGCCACAGAUAAACGCUUUAACAUCUUCAGCAAACCGGUGGAUAUUGAAGAGGUUUCAGAUUAUCUUGAAGUUAUCAAGGAACCAAUGGAUUUAUCAACAGUAAUAACUAAAAUUGAUAAACACAAUUACCUGACUGCUAAGGAUUUCCUGAGAGAUAUUGACCUCAUCUGUAGCAAUGCAUUAGAGUACAAUCCAGAUAAGGACCCAGGAGAUAAAAUCAUUAGGCACAGGGCUUGUACCCUGAAGGACACAGCGCAUGCUAUUAUUGCAGCUGAAUUGGAUCCGGAAUUUAAUAAACUCUGUGAAGAAAUUAAGGAAGCAAGAAUAAAAAGAGGCUUAUCGGUAACAGCAGAACAAAUAAAUCCUCAUGGUGCUGGAGCUCGGAAGACAGAAACUAGAGUUGAAGAGGCAUUUCGGCACAAACAAAGAAAUCCAGUGGAUGUCUGGCACAACUCUGCAAAUAAAUGUGCAUUUCGGGUUCGGAGAAAAUCAAGGCGGCGAUCACAGUGGGGUAAAGGAAUUAUUAAGAAAAGGAAAGUCAAUAAUUUUAAAAAAGAUGAAGAGGACACCAAAUUUGCAGACUAUGAGAACCAUACGGAGGACAGGAAAUUGCUAGAGAAUGGAGAGUUUGAGGUAAGCACUGACUGCCAUGAGGAAAAUGGAGAAGAGACUGGAGACUUAUCUAUGACCAAUGAUGAGUCAUCAUGUGACAUCAUGGACAUGGACCAGGGGCAGAGGCUUAACAGUGGAGCAGGUGCAAAAGAGAACUUUGCAUCUACUGAGGAGGAAAGUUCAAAUGAAUCUCUACUCGUCAACAGCAGCAGUUCCCUAAAUCCGGAACAGACAUCUAGGAAAGAGCCUUUCCUUAAAGGAAACUGUCUAAAUGGUGAGGCUUCCACUGACAGCUUUGAAGGAAUAUCAGUCCUGGAGUGUCAAAAUGGCAAAGUUGAAGUAGUUUCUUUCUGUGAUAGUGGAGAUAAAUGUAGUUCUGAACAAAAGACUCUUCUGGAGGACCAGUCAAAAGAAAAAACAGAAACUUCAAAUGAAAAUCAUGGAGAUGAUCCUGAGAAACUAGAGGCACUGGAAUGUAGCAAUAAUGAGAAGGUAGAACCGGGUCCCGAUGUGGAGGUUAAAGAUGCAGAACUGGAUAAAGAAGGUGGUUCUAAAGUGAAGAAAUACCGUAAGUUAAUUUUAGAGCAGGCAAAAACGACAAGCCUGGAACUGGUUCCAGAAGAGCCAUCGGAGCCUGUGCCACCUCUUGUAGUUGAUCGUGAGAGAUUGAAGAAAUUGCUUGAUUUAUUGGUAGAUAAAAGCAACAAUCUGGCAGUUGAUCAACUUGAGAGAUUAUAUUCUCUUCUUAGUCAGUGCAUCUACCGUCAUCGUAAAGAUUAUGACAAAUCGCAACUUAUAGAGGAGAUGGAAAGAACAGUUCAUAUGUUUGAGACAUUCCUAUGAACUUUUCAAGAUGAGUGGUUUAUCCUCUCCAAUCUGCUCCUGACAGAGCAGCCUUCUGAGCCAUUCGAUUUCAAAUUGCACCAAUUAUGCGCAGAGCCUUGGUGUAAAGUGCUCUCUCACUCAUUCUUUCUCUCUGUUGAAUUUGGUGCUAUUGUCUCAGGUACCUGAAACCAACCAGCCUACAAGAACCAAACAGAACUUCAGAAACAUGUUGUAUUUUCCACAAAUAAAAAAUACAACCCCACAGCUUGGAGAUUUUGGUGCUACAGAAACUGCUCUUGCUUCUGCUCCUCUUUUUCGUGCACUCUCUUUUGGAGACUCCUUUCUUAGGGAGCAGACCAGCAAACAGGAGGAAACUGGAUUGGGGCAGUUCUAACUGUGUUGAAUUGUUUAAACAGUGGGCAACCUGUCGUUAUUUUUUUUCUUUCUCUUCUCUACCCUCCUAUCAUAUUCCCCCUGCCCCUCCAAUCUGGGUAAUGGACUGAAACCUUUUUAGAGUUGGCCAUGGAAUAUUCUGGUGAGAAGCUAAAGAAACUGGAUGAAAUUAGAUUAGGCUCUUUAGAACUGCCUUUAAUGUGCCUUUUUAUUCAUUUGAGAAAGAUAAGGCUAAAUGGAUGGGCUUGUUUGUAGCAAAUAAAUUAGAAUACUUUCUUUGGUCACAACCUUGAAAAUAAGUUUUCAUAUUCUGUGUCAUUAAGAGACAACAAGUGUUUUGGUAUUAAAUGCCUGUCUCAUUCUCAAAGGUCAAUCAAGACACUCAGUAAGCCACAUAAUAUACUAAAGUUUUCCUGUAAGGUCUGUUUCAGUUUAAGAAAUGUAAUCAAACAACAACAAAUAAUACAUGGCCUACAAAAAAACCCCACAUACUCUUUGGUAUUACUGACAAUGAUGACCAGAAAAUAAAUAGUGGCCAUUUUUUCUUUUGUCAGUGGCAAUUUAAUAGUUAUUCAUGUUUGAGUUCCCAGAGAAAAAUGAUUUUCAUAUGUAGUAAAUCGUUACUGUUUUAUUUUAAAGCCAAAACUUGCCAAAUGGACAGAAAAGAGAGGAAUUUGUCAGAAGCUCCAUGGAAUUCAUUUUUUGUAUGCAUAAUUGCAAGUGAGCUCUGAUAUUGUCCUUGAAUAACAGUAUUAAUGUUUAAAUCCCUUCCCUUAAGCUUACCUUCACAACUCUUUAUUUUGAUUGGAGCACAUUUUGGAUCUUGUUGAGUGAUUUCUGUGAAUUGUACUUAUCUGAAAUUAAUUAUGGGUUACUAGUUUUACAAAAACUUUCUACAAAUUUGGAGACACAGUCUAGGCAGUUGCAAAGAGGCAGUGGGAGUGCAGUGACAUUUUUUAUCAGAUGAUUUUUAAACAAAAAGGUAGAAAAUUUUGCCAACAAGUUAGCUUAAUAUCUUCAUUCAUUAUAGCCGUUAGCUGCAGGUGUGUCUUUCCAAUAUAUGCAACACAUGUAGUUUGGGUUUUAAUUAGGGCAAAUGGUCUUGGUCUUGGACUACUGCAGAGAUACUGAGCUACCUCAGCUUUUUGUAUUUUAGUUACCAACAGCGUUUACAGAGUCCUGUAAUCACUUUGCCACCGUUUACAUGCUGAAGCUAAGGUACUUGUCUCCUUGUCUCUGGCUAUUUGUAGUGUGCAGAAAGCAUACCAUGGCCAUAGGAUACUGCAGUAAUCCAAAGUGCUUCUUUGCAUUUACAUUUACAUCUAGCGCCUUCUAAUUCUAGUGUAAUUUUUUUUAAUGCCACUUGUUUUCUUUAUACCUACUCUAUGAAGUUUUCAUAAUAUUCAGUCAUGUAAUUCAAGAUGCUACCCAUGUAGACACACUGUAUUUUUAAGGUGGGCAAGUGCGAUUAACGAUGAACCAUUUUAAAGGGGAGGUUAUUUGAAACCUCUAAUUUGAUUAUUGGGAGGAUUUUCAUGCUUUCUUUAGUAUUUAUUACCAUCAUACCAGUUCAAACUAUUUUACUGUCUAAUACAUUAGCAUUUUGUAUUUUGAUGGAAAUUGUUACAGAAUUUAAAGAUUUGAUGAAAUAAGAUGUAGCAGAUUUUUUGUAGCAAGUUUCUGGUAAAAGGGUUUUUUGCAAGUCUCAGGUUCUUGCUGCACUAUUUUUUUUUAAAUAUUUAUUCCAGUUACUCUAAUUCAGAAGCAUUCUGUUCAAGUAACAGCAGCACUUGUGAAAGGAAAAAAAAAACAAAAAAACGCACAUGUUCUUAGUAGGUUACUAAAUUUGUACAAGUUAAUUAAGAUUUUAGCCAUCAGUAAGUUUGACAAGGGAAAUUUAUUUAUGUUCAGCGUUAAAAUGCUUCCAAAAGAUCAAGUUUCAUUUGUUUUUGUUAUUUUUAACUUUAAUGUAGAUGGAGAAAUUGGAGGCAACCUCAGUAUAGGAACUGCCACUUUGAACAGUUUAGGUCUUAAAGAGAAAGCCAAUCUAAUGCCAAGGGGAAAAAAAUGAGCUGAAAUUGUACCAUCUCCUCUGGCCCUCUUUUCCUCAAAAAAGAAACACUAUACCAGUUUUGCUUAUUUUACAGAUAUCUGGUGGUUCUAUAGUUUAAAGCAGCUUGUGAAAUUAUCUAAGUGGACUCAAAUUUUGUUUACCUUUCUGUAAGUUCUUAAUUUUUGCUGUAUAGCAUUGGCAAAAAUUUGUACAAAUUGACCUCUGUUCUUAUUUCCUAUUGUGAGCAUUAUAAAUGAUGAGCUCCUAUGUAAAACCUUACUCUCAGAUCAGUAAAAUGUGUAUCACAGCACAGCCCAGCAAUAGUUCGUGCUCAGCUGUGGGAAUCCUGGGAGCUUUUUGAAGAUGAUGGAACCACACUAGGGUUGAAACUGAUGGCUGUGGAGUUAAUUGUGUUUUCGAGCUUGAAUCUCACCUGUGAUUUUUUUUUAAAUGUCCUUUCAUGACUUGAUUUUUCUCAUAAGCCAAUGUAUUUGUAGAUUUACUGGAUUUUAUUUUUAGGGAGUGGGGUGGUAAUUUCUUCCCUUUUUUGAUUAAGUUGGUUCAGCUAUGGUGCUAUUCAGUAGGUAUCUUCAGUGUCAGGUCCCGUAGCUGAAUGCCAUUGUUAUUAUAAUUAUUAUUUGUAAUCACAUUGUAAGCUUGAAUUUGAGCUUGUACCUGCAUCUUUUGUAUUUUGUACAUCUGGUUACUUAGACUUUGGGAGUCCUAUUUGGUUUCAGUCAUGUGUCUACUUUGUAGAUUAAGUAGACUUCAUCAACUAUGGUCUAUUUUGGGUUUGUAGUUUAAUUUAGAAUUGUGUUAAAUUGAUGUUUUGCAUUUGACUUCAUUUUACAUUAGUUUGAAGUAAAUUAUUUAAUUUUUGAAUUCUGGAAUUUGAACAUUUACUGUAAUUUGUAAUAUAACUGCUGUGAAAUACUUGAAUAAAGAUGACAAGAAAAACA